AGUAAGUCAGUAGAAUAAGCCUAAGCAUCGGAAAUAAACAAGAGAGGAGCUCAGAAAGACUUUGCAACUUUCAACUGGAAACGAAAAAGCUCCUGAAAGAACAAAGAAAAAGAGGAUAAAAAAAAGAAGAAUCGGACUUUUUUCCUACUAUUUUUUUCUACUUUAACUAUUUUUCUUUGUAAUAGGAUUGACUUGAGUUGUCGACAUGAUGCUGUGUGGCAUCUUUCUGCUUUUGAUGCUUUGGAGUUGUGAAGGCGCAAGACUGGCAGAGAGUCGAGAUGAUAACAGUGUUUAUGACUUAUUCGACUUGGCCCGGGUAAACAAAAGAGGCAAUGGAGUGACUUUGGUGAAAGGAGCAGAUCCAUACAGUCCGGCAUACAAGGUCCUGAACGCAGAUCUGAUCCCCCAGGUCCCUGACACCUCCUUCAGGGACCUCAUCGACUCCAUCCAAGCGGAAAGGGGUUUCCUCCUCCUGGUCAACCUGAAGCAGUUUAAGAAAUCCAGGGGUAGCAUUUUAACCAUUGAGAAGAAUGACGGAUCCGGACCCGUUUUCGAGAUUAUUUCCAACGGGAGGGCGAACACUUUGGAUGUGGUCUACUCCACCAUGAACCAGCAGCAUCUGGUGUCCAUAGAGGAUGCGGAUUUGGCCACUGGACACUGGAAGAACAUCACUCUGUUCGUUCAGGAUGACCGUGCGCAACUUUUUGUGGGCUGUGAAGAGAUCAAUGUGUCAGAGAUGGAUUUGCCAAUCCAAAAACUGCUGACCCAGGAAAUCGCAGAUAUUUCAAGGCUCAGGAUUGGAAAGGGAGCAGUGAAAGAUAGAUUUAUGGGAGUGCUUCAGAAUGUGCGCUUUGUCUUUGGCACCACUCUGGAUGCUAUACUAAGAAAUAAAGGAUGCCAAACAGGAGCUCCUUUAACUGAUGUCAUGACCCUGGACAACCCAGUCAAUGGUUCCAGCCCUGCUAUUAGGACUGACUACACUGGCCACAAAGCCAAAGAUCUGCAGUCUGUCUGCGGCUUCUCUUGUGAGGACAUCACAAGCAUGUUUAGGGAGCUCAAGGGACUCGGUGUGGUUGUUAAACAGCUGUCGAAUGAGCUCCGCAAAGUGUCUGAGGAUAGCCUUAUGCUGAAAAACCAAAUGAACAUCCACAGCGGGGUUUGCUUCCACAAUGGUGUCGUUCACAAGGACAAAGAAGAAUGGACUGUGGAUGGCUGCACUGAGUGCACCUGCCAGAACUCUGCUACUAUCUGCCGCAAAAUCUCCUGCCCUCUGAUGCCCUGUGCUAACGCCACCGUACCUGAUGGACAGUGCUGUCCUCGCUGUGGAACAUCAAAUGACUAUGCAGAGGAUGGCUGGUCACAGUGGUCUGAAUGGACCCAUUGUUCAGUAACAUGUGGACGGGGCAUCCAGCAGCGUGGACGCUCCUGUGAUCGCAUCAACAGCAACUGUGAUGGCACAUCUGUCCAGACCCGGGACUGCUACCUACAGGAAUGUGACAAGCGCUUCAAACAGGAUGGAGGAUGGAGCCAUUGGUCACCCUGGUCUUCCUGCUCUGUGACCUGUGGUGAGGGUGUCAUCACCCGGAUACGCCUCUGCAACUCCCCCACACCACAGAUGGGAGGCAGGGACUGCCAGGGAGAAGGACGUGAGACACAAAUCUGCCAAAAAUCACCUUGCCCCAUCAAUGGAGGUUGGGGACCCUGGUCACCUUGGGACACCUGUGCUGUUACCUGUGGUGGUGGAAUCCAGACUAGGAAACGUCUCUGCUCUGAUCCUGUCCCCAAGUAUGGAGGAAAGGAUUGUGUUGGUGAUGGUGUUAUGACUCAACGCUGUAACACACAGGACUGCCCUAUUGAUGGUUGCCUGUCAAACCCAUGCUUCCCUGGUGCAAGGUGCACCAGCUUCCCUGAUGGCUCUUUCAGGUGUGGCAAGUGUCCACUUGGCUACAAAGGGAAUGGAAUCACCUGCAAAGAUAUUGAUGAGUGCAAAGAAGUCCCUGAUGCUUGCCAUACCCAUAACGGAGUCCAUCGUUGUGAAAACACAGAGCCAGGAUACAACUGUUUGCCCUGCCCUGCACGUUACUCUGGCCCUCAGCCUUUUGGAAGAGGAGUGGAACAGGCCACUGCAAAAAAACAGGUUUGCACACCCCGUAACCCUUGCAAGGACGGUAGCCACGACUGCAAUAAAAAUGCAAACUGCAUCUACUUGGGUAUCUUCUCCGACUCCAUGUUCCGUUGUGAGUGUAAGCCAGGGUAUGCUGGGAAUGGCCAUAUUUGCGGAGAGGACAGUGACUUGGACGGAUGGCCCAACAUUGAUCUGUUGUGUGUGGAGAAUGCUACAUACCACUGCAAAAAGGAUAACUGCCCCAACCUUCCCAACUCUGGCCAAGAAGAUCAUGACAAAGAUGGGCUUGGUGAUGAAUGUGACCAUGAUGAUGACAAUGAUGGGAUCCCCGAUGAUAGGGAUAACUGCCCCAAAGUGUACAACCCUGCCCAGUAUGAUGCAGACAGAGAUGAUAUUGGUGACCGCUGUGACAACUGCGUGUUUGAGGCUAAUACUGACCAAACGGACACUGACAACAAUGGAGAGGGUGACGCCUGUGCCAUUGACAUUGAUGGUGAUGGCGUUCUAAAUGAGAACGACAAUUGCCCAUAUGUGUAUAAUGUGGACCAGAGAGACACUGACAGAGACGGAGUGGGAGACCACUGUGACAAUUGCCCUCUGGAGCACAACCCUGAUCAGAUCGACUCUGACUCAGAUCGCGUAGGAGACAAAUGUGACAACAACCAAGACAUUGAUGAGGAUGGUCACCAGAACAAUUUGGACAACUGCCCGUACAUCCCCAAUGCUAAUCAGGCAGACCACGACAAAGACGGCAAGGGAGACGCCUGUGACCAUGAUGAUGACAAUGAUGGCAUUCCUGAUGACAAAGACAACUGUCGACUGGCCUAUAACCCUGAUCAACUCGACUCCGAUGGUGAUGGCCGCGGUGAUGUGUGCAAAGACGAUUUUGACCAAGACAAUGUUCUGGACAUCUAUGACGUGUGCCCAGAAAACUUUGCCAUCAGUGAAACAGACUUCCGCAGAUUCCAGAUGGUUCCUCUGGAUCCCAAAGGCACCUCUCAGAUUGAUCCUAACUGGGUUGUCCGGCAUCAGGGCAAGGAGUUGGUCCAGACUGUCAACUGCGACCCUGGCAUUGCUGUUGGUUUUGAUGAGUUUAGCGCAGUGGACUUCAGUGGAACAUUCUUCAUCAACACUGACAGAGAUGACGAUUAUGCCGGGUUUGUGUUUGGUUACCAGUCCAGCUCACGCUUCUACACAGUGAUGUGGAAACAGAUCACACAGACAUACUGGUCCCACACACCCACGAGAGCUCAGGGAUACUCUGGCCUGUCUAUCAAAGUGGUCAACUCCACCACUGGGCCUGGAGAGCAUCUAAGGAAUGCCCUGUGGCACACCGGAGACACCCCAGGACAGGUGCGUACUCUGUGGCACGACCCCAAGAACAUUGGCUGGAAAGACUUUACUGCUUACAGAUGGCAUCUCACUCACAGACCUAAGUCUGGACUCAUUAGGGUGGUAAUGUAUGAAGGCAAGAGAAUCAUGGCUGAUUCUGGAAACAUCUAUGACAAGACGUAUGCAGGAGGACGACUAGGCUUGUAUGUCUUCUCUCAGGAGAUGGUUUACUUUUCAGACCUCAAAUACGAAUGCAGAGAUACAUAAUUGGACCACAGCACCUUAUAGAUGAAUGUAUCAGCCUGUAUGAGUAUAUAGUACGAGACCUGGAUGAAUAUCUCUUUAACUUUUCCUUUGAGAAAUGCACAUUGGAGGAAUGACAAGAGCAAGUGAGGUAAAGUGACCUCAGGACUUAAAGCCAAAUGAAAGUUCAAUGAUGAUUCUGCACCACUGUACCAAACUCAAAUUAUGAGCGCAGCUCUGCUCAGAAGAAACUGGCCUUCUCACCAUGUGGCUCUGAUCUACAUUGAAGGAAGGCCACAUUUAUUGCUUUGCACACCCGAACUGUUGUCAGUUGGUGGUAUUCCACUGUUGAUGAGGGACCAAAGGGAAGAGUAUUCCUUUUUUUAUUUUUAUUUUUUGAGCAAUAAUAUUCAUCUGCUGUGGAUAUUUGGUUCAGCAUGAAGAAAGCAGUAAGAGAACUUUCUUAGAUUGGGGAAAUAAAACCCCUUGAAGGAACUGUUGAGGGACCAUGGACAGUAUGGACUGACUGUUACUAUCAAAGAGAGUGAAUGUUGAUUGUGUGUUUGUGCAUGUGUGCCACCAAAAUAGUUUAGUUAUGAAGAUAAAUAAGUUAAAUUUUCUUUUCAUUUCAAGUAACCUUCCCCACAGUCAUGCUGACCUGUAUAUACAUGGCCUUGAAUUUAGCUGAGGCUUAGGGCUGGCCCAGAACACUAUCACUAGUAUUCUCAGGAAAGAGCACUAGAAUAAAUUAGAAGAGCACAAAAUUCAGGACAGCACAGGGCCCCAAAGCAUCCAUAUUAUAGACUGCUUUGGAACAGUAAUUAUGAACAAAUGUUAAUGACAGUAUCUUUAAUCCUCACUGAACAUGUAAAGGGACGUUACCAGCAAGGGCCAGUCUAUUUCUUGUCAACCAAUGUAAGUAUGGCUAUUUGUAUGCUUCUUUACCUAUUCAUUAUAUAGACUAUAAUUGUCGCUUCUUGCCAUCUUAAACCAUUGCCAGCAACCUAUUCCAAUAGACCUUAUAAAUACAUAAUGAGUUCAGCUAAUGGCAAGAUAAAACAUUACAUCUGAACAAAACCGUAAUAAGUAAAAGAUAGGCAUCACUUACAGUAUCUCUGAAUAUUCUGCUUCUGCACAGUGUGCAUGACUGGUGUGCCUGAGCAUGUGUGUACAUUUCUGACAAGGGAAAAACAAAGGAAACCCUUAAUGUACAAAUAUUACCUCAUUAAUUCUUUUUGUAUUGAGGCCAGCAAUACACAAGAAUCACUUGUCUUAGCAACAGAGUAUAAAUUGGUUGGCUUCUUUUUUUUUUUUUUUUUUUUUUUUUUAGCAAGACUUUAAUAUCAUUUAUAUGCUGUAUAUAAGAUAUUUUUGUAGCAAAAGAAGCCCAAGCAGGAAAGGAUUAAAGAAUUGUUGUCUUGACUAUAUUGUGCUAUAUGUAUUUUUCUUGUGCAUUUUUUGAUAAAUUAUUGUGUUUGUUUUAUGUUGAGGUUAUUUCAUGUGUGUAGAUAUAUGCUAUUUAAAUAAUUUAUCUAGAAGCGUAGCCUCAUAUGGAAGCGUUUCUGUCUGUAUAAACUCAUUUGCACACUGACAUGAGGAUGUCUUUGUUAUUUUGGUUUUGUAUGUGUCUUUUUUAAUUAUUAGUGAAGCUUUUAUAUAAACAUUUGUACUAUAGUUUCUACCCAAAGUGCUGUUUAUACUCCUACCUGUUAUUUUGUAAUGUCAAAUGAACAAUAAAUACGUCAGGAAAAUA